AUGUGCGAUUGGCAAAAAGAACAGGAUCGUCUGUUGAACCUCUGGGAGGAGCAUGAAGCCAUUGAACCUUAUAUUGACGAGGAAGACUCUGAAGAAGAGGAUGAAAUCGACCACCUUAGUACCAAUACCGACUAUUCUGAUCAAGAGCAAGCAGCAGGGGAUGAAGAAGUGGAUGAUAAUGAGAGUUCGAAGAUGAAAUACAGUAAUCUCGAUUAUGCUGAGCAUCUGCGACAGCAACAUAAUCAGCAGCAGCAACGGCAUCAAUCUUCACUUUACAUACCUGGUUGCCAAAAUCAUUUAGGACCUUUCACACUUUCGAGUACAGAUUUCCCGAUACCAAAAUCCCCGCAAGGCGAGAACAAGCACCGCCGGACAGUAUUCACAUCUACCCAGUUGUUGAAACUGGAGCAGCAAUAUAUGGAAGGAGCUUAUCUAACCAAACUGAUGAAGAUAAAUCUGGCCUCUACAUUGAAAUUAACAGAGAGACAAGUGAAAAUAUGGUUUCAAAAUAGGCGGAUGAAGGAUAAGAAGAUCAGCAAAAUUGAUCAUUUGUCGAGUAAUAAUAGUUACCAGUCAACUCCCCAGCCUACAAAUGCAAAAAGAUUCGAAGAAACCUACCAUCAAUUUCUGAAGAAUGAAUCGGGUGCAUAUCAGAACUGCUCAUUUGUUCCUAAUACUGCAAAUUCUGAUGAGAAAAAACUGGCAAACGUACCCAUUUGUUCACUUGAUAACAUGACUCCUGUCACAGCCGAGAUGACAGAAAAUGUAUAUGGCUUAGUGAAUUCUACGAGUCAUUAUAAUACAUCAGCUACAAGUCAAAUGAAGCCCACUAUAUAUGAUGAACAUUUUUCUGUAUAUAAAGAACAAAUAGCUUCAUCAAAAUUUGGGCAGUUUACCAAUAUCCAUUCACGACAUUUUAGUAGAAGCUUUUUCAAAUCUAUCGAUAUCCCCCAACCAAUAAUGAAUUUGAAGAAUGAGUCCACGAAAUCAAUGAAUGACACACCGGAUCAACAAGUUGCUGCUGGUAUCUCUGGAAUGAAAAUAGAGCAAGAUGCGAAUGUCAAUGAUGAAACUUAUCAUGAAAAAGUGUAUAAUCAACACGAUACUGGACGCUAUUCUCUGAGUCAGUCAUCUCCGGCUCCUGUAUCCUUCGUCGAUAUUAUUGAGAAUAAGAUACCGCAGCCGGUCGAAGAGUUAUAUGAGCUGACACCAGCCAAAAAUACAGAGCAGGAAUCAUUUACCACUUCAUCAGUUUCCACAAUACAGCCUCACCAGGAUGAAAUCGUUAUGAGAAUACCAUUGCCAGCUUGUCCUCUUGAUGGACUAAUGUCCAUAGCGAAGUUUGUCCGAGAGAAUCCAGAAAGAGUUAAGAGGAUGAUCAGUGAGGGCGAAGAAAUUGAAAAGAAAACAAUUCAGGAACUGAGAGAAUUUUUGAAAUUGUAA